UUCCCACCGGGAACGUGGCUGAUUGUUCUCUCCCGAAAAGGGAGGAAAGACGAGAAGACACGAAGAGGGGAGAGAGAUCGAGUCUCAGCGGCGCGCGUGAGGCAUUCAUCGGCGGCUCUACAAUCAGAAUGUCAUUGGGCUGACACCGAUGCUAUGGCAGCCGAUCUCUACGCGAAUGGCUCUGUAAAGUCAACGUCCGUCAGGGCCGUAGGCAGCAUGGGGCAGCGAAAAUCGGGCGCCUUGGGCUCUCCGACGCUUAUAUCGACGGAGGAGGAGCAACUAAAGUUUCAAGACAACAGAUUUCUGACGACUCUCGUACUCGGCAGAAGUAGGAAAAUCUCGCCGGACGUGCUGCCGUCGUGCUCGCCGGGCGUGUUCCGCCAGAAGUCGUUCCGCUCGUGCACGCCGCCGAAGGUGCCGACGGCGCCGAUAUUACCAACGUCGGCGACCGCGGCAACACCAGGCUCCAACCCGCGGAACGACAGCCAGGGCGCACCUGCCGCCGCGGCGAACGAUCGCUGCGCUCCUCGCGCGCAUCUCACCCCCACCACCAGCGCCCCCGUCGCGAGCGCCGUGCCGACACGUGACUGCGGCGCCCGGACAGCCUCGUUGUCGUUGUCGCUGUCGCGGGGCGCCCGAGCAACCGCCAAGCACGCGCGCCUCGGCCCGGCACUGGCCAGCAAAAUGGCGUCCGCGAGCUCCUCGACGGUCGUGCAGGGCUGGCCGAAUACCAAGGACGAUUACGAGCUGAAGGAGGUUAUCGGGGUUGGAGCGACCGCCGUAGUACACGCAGCGUUUUGCAUACCACGGCAAGAGAAAUGCGCAAUCAAGAGAAUAAAUCUAGAAAAAUGGAACACGAACAUGGACGAGCUGUUGAAAGAGAUACAGGCGAUGUCUUCGUGCAAUCACGAGAACGUCGUGACGUACUACACGUCGUUUGUGGUAAAAGAAGAACUCUGGUUAGUCCUGAGAUUGUUGGAGGGUGGCUCCUUGUUGGAUAUAAUCAAGCAUAAGACAAGAACCACUAAUUGCAAGCAUGGAGUGUUCGACGAGGCAACCAUAGCCACGGUACUUCGAGAAGUGCUCAAAGGGCUCGAAUAUUUUCACAGCAACGGACAGAUUCAUAGGGACAUAAAAGCGGGUAAUAUCCUACUAGGCGAGGAUGGCACAGUGCAGAUCGCCGACUUCGGUGUCAGUGCGUGGCUUGCAACCGGCCGCGACCUCAGCAGGCAAAAGGUCCGGCACACCUUCGUCGGUACGCCGUGUUGGAUGGCGCCCGAGGUCAUGGAGCAGGUGAGAGAGGACCAUGGCUACGAUUUCAAGGCCGACAUCUGGUCACUUGGUAUCACGGCGAUCGAGAUGGCCAGCGGCACGGCUCCGUACCAUAAAUAUCCUCCGAUGAAGGUCCUGAUGCUGACGCUGCAGAACGAUCCACCAACUUUGGACACCGCUGCGGACGACAAGGAUCAGUAUAAGGCGUACGGGAAAACAUUCCGGAAAAUGAUCGUCGACUGUUUACAAAAAGAUCCUACUAAAAGACCGACGGCUACCGAGCUGCUAAAGCAUCCCUUCUUCAAGAAAGCCAAAGACAAGAAAUAUCUGCAGCAGACACUAGUGGCGAUAGGACCUAGUUUAGAAACGCGUGUACAAAAAGCAUCGAAAAGACAACCCGGCACGUCGGGUCGCUUGCAUCGAACGGUGACUGGAGAAUGGGUUUGGUCGUCGGAAGAGGAAGAUAGCGGUGCGUCAAGCGGCGAAGAAGCCGCCAAGGAAGCGUUGCCGGUCAAUACUAUCGAGAAAGCCAGCAGUGACGAGGAAGCUGGCGAGAACGAGGAGUACGAGGGUCAAAUCAAGUUAGCACCGAGUCAACUCGUGAUACAAGCUACCGAGCAAAAUGUUCCUAUCAAUUUGGUGCUCCGAUUACGGAAUGAGAGACGGGAACUUAACGAUAUUAGGUUCGAAUUCACCGUUGGAGUAGAUUCCGCGCAAGGAAUCGCGGCCGAGUUGGUCGCCGCGGGUUUAGUCGAUGGUAAGGACGUUGUGGUGAUAGCGGCGAAUCUGAAAAAGUUAAUAGAAAGCGCGGGACAAUUGCGGACAGUGACAUUUUCCUUGAAUUCCGGUUAUGCGGCAAAUGAAAUACCAGAUGAUAAGGCAUUAAUAGGAUUUGCUCAGAUCUCUCUUACUGAUUAAAUAUCCCCGAUUGCGUUCUCAGGACAAUGUUCUUAAUUGACACAUUUGCCACGUGAAGAUCGGGGAGUACCAAAAGCUAAUGCGAAUCGGCUCGAUGCUACUUUUCUCGUGAUACCAAGCAGUAAGAGAGCAGGAAGAAGGCUUGACUCACUCACACGGGACACGCGCAUGCUCGAGGCGCACACAUCCACACACUCUUACACGACACAUACAAGUGCAAGCCAGUUGACCGCUAACGUUCGUGUACCAAAUUUUAGCUUUUGAUACUUUCGUUUCUUUCAGAUUAUAACGAAGUAGAGAGAGCGUUGAUUACAUACAGGGCGUAGGUGUUCGAAUAUAUAGGUGUUCUAAAUCGACAAUGAAUUACAAUACGUCAGUAGUAAUGGACUGCUCAAAGUGUGCGUAUCACAUCUCGCCGAUGGCCGUGAUACGUUUCGCAUAAGAUAUCGGGGCAGAUACAUAAAAAAAAACAUUAUCAUCCAAUACUGGCUUAAGGGUAUAGACUUACUCUGAUCAAUAAUGGCUGUAGUUUUACAUAACCGAAUUGUAUAUCAUCACCAUAUUACACAUUCAGUCUAUGUAAAUAUUAGCAUUCGAACGUUUGUUAAGUUUUUUCUCUUUUUUUUCUUUACGAUAUAUUGAAUGGGAUGAGGACGAACUGUGGAAUUAGCGCGAUAUUUCGCGCGAACGAACGUGUAGAAUCGAGAAAACGCUUGAUAGUCUAACUUAUUUGUCCGAAACGUGUAAGCGAUUUCUCUCUCGAGUAACGAGAUCUUAGUUAUAUAAAAAAGGAAAAAAAUUUGAAUGUAUGCUACGCGCAGAGUCACUAUUGUCUCUAUGUAUCAUAUACAAAUUAUCCGCGUAUGUCUUAUAUAUGCUUUAUGCUGAAAUGUGAAAAAAACAGAUAGGGAAUGUUGAUGAAAUAUGAAAAAUCUUUUGUACUUAAUUAAAUAGACUUAUGAGAUAGAGUGAAUUAAUAUUUUCGCAGUUUUUAGACGCAGAGAGAGAGAGAGAGAGAGAGAGAGAGAGAGAGAGAGAGAGAGAGAAAGGAAGAGUGAGUCAGAGAGGGGGAGAGGAAGACGAAGGCGAGAGGGAUGGUCGAGAAUUUGUACCUAGUAAAUCUUGAAAUUUUUAAAUUAAGUCAUCUCUUUGUAAAACACGUCGUAAAAUGGAUAAAGUCAGGAUCACGUGACGGCAAUCUAAAGCAAACUGUACUUUACAAUUUCGCGGACAGUGUUCACCAUUUUUACAUUCUUGUAUCCACUCGUAAGUCGUAAGGAAAUGUAUUUCUGCAACGUUAUUAUCACUUAUUAUAGUCUUGCGUGCACUUAAAAUAGAACUUUACUGCAGAAAAAAAUAGAGCGCAAGCAUGUAAAAUUUACACAGUAAUUUUCAAGAAAGAUACUCUAGCAAAUUUAAUUUUUUAGUGGAUUUAAGGCUCCUUAUACCUCGUCGCGGUCAUGUUGAAUUACGUGACGUUAGAAGCGAGGAACGACAUACUAACGAAGGUUACGUGCUAUUUCUAAAUAAAGAUAAAUAUGGACGAAAGAGCACUUGAGGCUGCUUGAGCAUACUUGUAAAAUUGUCUGAAAAGUAUCUUUUUUUCCUGACGAUUAAUAAAUAGUCAUAUAAUAAAUAGUAAAAUAAGGCAUGUAGACAAAACAAAUCCAUUUCAUUAUUUCACAUGCCUCAUCUUACUAUAUAUUAUAAAACUAUUUAUUGAUCAUCAGGAUAUCUUACAUAUUCUUAUAGCUUAUCCUGUGAAGUAGUUCAAAUCAGUACGGUAUGCGUGCGCACUCAUGGUGAAAGUUAUAAAACUAUUUAUUGAUCAUCAGGAUAUCUUACAUAUUCUUAUAGCUUAUCCUGUGAAGUAGUUCAAAUCAGUACGGUAUGCGUGCGCACUCAUGGUGAAAGUUAUAAAACUAUUUAUUGAUCAUCAGGAUAUCUUACAUAUUCUUAUAGCUUAUCCUGUGAAGUAGUUCAAGUCAGUACGGUAUGCGUGCGCACUCAUGGUGAAAGUCGCAAUUUUUAGCUCUCAUUAUUCAUCACAUUUUUUCGAAAAAAUGGUGAUUUGUAACCAUAGUGUUUCGUUUUGAUAGUAAUUCGGACAAUUUUACAAGUAUGCUCAAGUAAUCUCAAAUGCUUUUUUGUCUAUAUUUAUCUUUAUUCAGAACGCAACUUUCGUCAACAUGUCAUUUCUCACUUUUAACGUUACAAAUCCGAUAUGACCGAUGAGACACAAGGAAUCUUAAGCUCAUAAAACGCUUUUGCUUUUUUAAAUUUCUUUAUGGACGGACCCGUACACUUGUAGUAAAUUUGAAAAGAAAGAGCACGCGAGAAGAAGGAUCUUCCCAAAAGAUUUAUGUUGAAUGGUGAAAACUAAAGAAUAAACAAUUCGCUUCUGAACGAUUGCAGAAUGGCGCGCAAACGCAAUCACGCGCAAAAUUUUUGCUUCACACGAGUUACACGAACGAUCAAUAUGAUUCUGCAUUUUAUCGAUUUUUACACACCUGCGAACCGCAGCGGCUACAUUUUGCGUAACGAUGUGGUAAAGGACUCCCGCAUCUCGUGAUUGUUAUUUUAAAAUAUCGCACCAGUUUUGUUAUAUGUGUAUCACGUUUCCGUUAAAAUUAUCGCUGAAAAUAAUAUUUUUUUUUCUGUCAUUCGUUGACGAAUGCUGUUUUUUAACGUUGAAAAUUCGCACGCGAUUCCGCAUCUCCUUUGCCAUAUUGCGACAGCCACACACUCACAGAAUGCUAAAUCCGCAUGAGACUUGCGGAGUGAAAUCAGUUGUAGUUGUGAUCGAAAUACAAAUCUGUUGACACACAUGUGAUGGUUAUAUAUAUACAGAUUAUAUAUAAAUAUAUAUAUAUAAACUUCGACAUAUCUCGAACUAGCUGCGCGGUUGCUACAUCACGAUAGGAGACACACACUUUUAUGCUUAAAGAUAGUUUGUAAACAUGAAUUAAAUGAAAACUUUUAGAAUCUUUUUUACAAAACAAUUAUAACACUUUUUUGACACAUUUUUUAACUUACAGUGUGUUUUUAUUUUAUUUCGAGAAAGUUACAUAAUCUUGUUUAUAAUUAAAAUUCGCAUAUUGAUUGAAUUAUAGAGUGCACUGUGCAGCACACUCGUAUUCUGCUGGCGUGUAUGAUAUAGCCGCGUGUAGUGAUUUGGAGUGAAGCAAAAAAGACUCUUGUUUUAUAUAAGUAUGAUUAUCCAAACUAGAACCAUUGAACUAGACCAAAAUUUGGCAAAAUUGCAGAAUCACAAUUUAUUUUUUUCGCCAUUUUUGGUUUAAUCCAGUAGUUCUAGUUCAAAUGAUAGCCACGCUGCCAUAAAAGAAGAAUCUGUUUGCUUUUUUGCUUCAGGUCACUACAAGCGACUGUAACAUACACGUUGACAGAACACGAACGUCUUGCGCUGUGUCUUGUAACUUAGGGGCCUAUUCUAAAUGUUUAAUGAUGUCGUUAUGUAUUGCUGCACAGUUAUUUCAUAAUACAAAAAAUCUGCGCAAUGAUACAUAACGAUGUCGUUAAAAGUUAUAGAAUAUACCUCUUAGCCAAUAUGAGAGUUUUAAUUAUGAAAAAAAUUAUGUAACGUUCUCAGAAAUAUGAUCAAAAUAUACUGAAAAGUUCAAAAACAUGUGCGUUAUAAUUUCAUUAUAAAAAAUUCUAAAAAUGUUCGUUUAGUUCAUGCCUGCAAAUUACCCAGAGCCGGUAACAACCCAGCAAACAUAACGGCGUCAAAUGACGUUUCGAUGACGCAUUAAUGACGACUCUAACGUCAGUGAUAUAUCAUUAGUACGUCACUCAACGUCAUCCUGCUACUUUGGGAUCUCACGAGAGCAACGCGUGAGAAGUGAGCAUAAUAUUACUGUUAAGCCGUAAAACGAUAAUAAUCGUACGCUAGUUUAGUACCUAAGUAGAUUUUUACAGAUAGCUGUGUGUAUUCUCUCUCAAUGGCACUAUAUAUACAUAUAUAUUAUAUA